GGUAAUAACAAACAUGGCGGCGCUCGGUACAGCACGGUGCUUAUUUCGGAGCUACUCUCGGGUGAAAAAUGUUCAAAAGAGCAAGCAAGUGUUGGUCAGAUGUAGCGUCAGGACGCUUUGUAGUGACACACAAGACAACGCCCUCUCGGACAAUGCAAAGCCACAGAUCACAGAUCCAGCUGUGCAGGACAUCCUCACCAGGAUAACCGGCCUGGACCUGCAGAAAGUGUUCCGACCCAUGAAACAGGAGCUGAAGCCGCCCUCAUAUAAACUCAUGACUGAUGAGCAACUGGAGCAGGCGACCGAGUUAGCCAGAGAGCAGGCUAAAAAGCUGCUUAAGAUGCCCCCCAUCCUACCAGAGAGGAAACCCAUCAACGAUGUGCUGUCUGAAGACAAGAUCCUGGAUGGCAUGGACACAGCCAAAUACGUCUUCACAGACAUCACCUACAACAUCCCGCACAGGGAGAGGUUCAUUGUUGUACGGGAGCCCAGUGGGACCCUUAGGAAGGCGACCUGGGAGGAGAGAGACAGGCUCGUUCAGACCUACUUCCCCAAGGAGGGACGCAAACUCGUAGCACCUCUCAUCUUCAAGGAGGAGAAUCUCAAGAUGGUGUUUUCCCAGGACCGUCAUGAAGACGUGUUGGACCUGUGUCUGGUCCAAUUUGAACCAGACUCUUCCGAAUACUUCAGGGUACAUGCAGCCACCUACGAGGACCUGGACAAGCACAACAAAUAUGAGCUGCUGCGCUCCACCAGACAUUUCGGAGGCAUGGCCUGGUACCUGCUCAAUGCUCGCAGGGUGGAUGGGCUUAUAUUGGACAUGCUGAAGAAAGAGCUGUUCCAGGAUGCAGUGAGCUUAGUGUCUUUGUUCAACAUGGUCCACCCCAACAGUGAGUCAGCCCAGGAAGCUGCCAGAGAGCAGGCCACUGGCACCAACCUGCUGAAGAUCUACGCCCAGAAAGAGUCCCAGAGGUCAGGCUACAUCGAGCUGGCCCUGCAGGCGUAUGAACAGAUGGCUGCUAACAGCUCUGCUGCCAUUCCUCUUCGCUGAGGAGUCGUACCCGUAACCAUAGGAAUGGACUGAAAAAUCACCUCCCAUAUGUGAAAUACAACGGCUUUUUCUUUCAAAACGUAAUAACUCCUAGGCUGAAAGGGAAGCUGUACACUUCACAGAAUUGGCUUUCUACUGCUUGUGAGAUGCACAAAGUUGGUCAUUUAUCCAUGUCGAGUAAUUGCAUUGCUUUUACUGUCUAUAUAACCUGAUGUGCUAAGUCAAGUGAUGUACAUAAUAAAAUAAAGAUCUUUGUACUUGU